UCCAUUUUGGGUCAAAUAUUCUGUCCAUCCAAAUUCCAAAGUUCCACUCUUUCUCUAUUUCUUCUUCCUCCCAAAAACAAAAAAUCCAAAUUCCACUUCUUUCUCAUUUUUUCCACCAAAUUUCAAUCUCCAUGUCUCGAAUCAUCGCCGCAUGGAAGACGCAGAAGCCUCUUCUCCACCAUCUACCCACUCUCUCUCCCUCUCCGUCUUCUUCACGCGCCACCCACCACUUCACUCUUUCUUCACGCCACCGCCACAACAACAACAAUUUCCACUUCGCCACCACCCAGCACCGCUGCAAGAGCUAUAGCACUGCACCUCUCUUCCGAGGUAGCUUGUUGGGUGUCGGUGGAACCCCUCCAGACGGUGGUGGUGGUGGUGGUGGUGAUGGUGUGGCUGUGCAUACUCCUCCGGGCCCACCUUUUCCACCUGGUCUUAACCUUGUUCGGGCUGAGAAGACUGCUAGUUCAAGCAAUUCUUCAUGGGGUGGUUCCAAUUUGGGUAGGGAUUUGCCUACUCCAAAGGAAAUUUGCAAGGGUCUUGACAAGUUUGUUAUUGGUCAAAAUUCAGCUAAGAAGGUGCUUUCUGUGGCUGUUUAUAACCACUAUAAAAGAAUAUACCAUGCCUCUUCACAGGAAGGGUCAGGGGAAGAUUCAAAAAUUUCUGAAGGAAAAGAUGAUGAUGAUCACGUGGAGCUAGAAAAGAGUAAUGUUCUGUUGAUGGGUCCAACAGGUUCAGGGAAGACAUUACUUGCAAAAACGCUAGCUCGAUUUGUCAAUGUCCCGUUUGUCAUUGCUGAUGCAACAACCUUAACACAGGCUGGUUAUGUUGGAGAAGAUGUUGAAUCAAUAUUGUAUAAACUACUCGUGGCAGCAGAGUUCAAUGUUCAAGCAGCUCAACAAGGGAUUGUUUACAUUGAUGAAGUGGACAAGAUAACUAAGAAGGCUGAGAGCUUAAAUAUUAGCCGGGAUGUUUCUGGUGAGGGUGUUCAGCAGGCAUUAUUGAAAAUGCUGGAAGGAACUAUAGUAAAUGUUCCUGAGAAAGGAGCAAGGAAGCACCCACGGGGUGAUAACAUUCAGGAAACUGCUUCCUAUCAUAAACUCCCCUUAACUUUUAAUGAUAUACAGAUUGACACAAAGGAUAUUCUCUUUAUAUGUGGGGGAGCAUUUAUCGAUCUUGAGAAAACCAUCUCAGAGAGACGACAAGAUUCUUCUAUUGGUUUUGGAGCACCAGUCCGUGCCAAUAUGAGAGCUAGUGGAGUAACACAUGCUGCAGUCACAUCAUCUUUACUUGAGUCGGUGGAAAGUUCUGAUCUUAUUGCAUAUGGUCUCAUACCAGAGUUUAUAGGACGAUUUCCUAUCUUGAUUAGCUUGUCAGCUCUUACUGAAGACCAACUUAUGCAGGUGCUCACAGAACCAAAUAAUGCUCUUGCUAAGCAGUACAAAAAAUUAUUUAGCAUGAAUAAUGUAAAGCUACACUUCACACAGAAAGCCUUGAGACUAAUUGCGAAAAAAGCAAUGGCCAAAAAUACUGGUGCCCGGGGUUUAAGAGCCCUCAUGGAAAGCAUUUUAACUGAAGCAAUGUUUGAGAUUCCAGAUGUCCAGGCAGAAAAUGAGCUGAUCGACGCAGUUGUCGUUGAUGAGGAGUCAGUAGGAUCAGUAGAUGCCCCCGGGUGUGGAGGAAAAAUUCUUCGAGGAGGCGGCGCUUUGGAGCAGUACCUAGCUAAAAUGGAGGAAUCUGUGGUUAAUGGUGGCGGAGCUGAGCCAGACUUACAAGAGAGUGAACCUGAGAUUUCAUCAAGAGCCAUUGGCAUGUAAUAUUACAGUUACCUUAAUCAAUGUGUAUAAUCUAUCAUUGCAAUUGGCAUUUGUAAAAAUCAUUCUUAAUUUGCUGUAAAUUAUCCCUUGUAUAACAACAUAACUUCUGGUUUAGUUGGGUAGGACGGAUAUAGAAAAAUGAACAUAGAAAUAAUUUUGGCAGCACCUCAUGCAAAAUUUCAAUUGGUCAUGAGGAAAGUGUAAUUUUAUUCUAUUUUCUCUU